AUGGAUUUUCCUCAACAUUUCAGAUGCCCAAUUUCCAUGGAACUCAUGAAGGACCCCGUUACAAUCUGUACCGGGGUCACCUACGAGCGAAAAAACAUCGAAAAAUGGUUCAACUCCUACAAGAAAAAUACAUGUCCAGCCACUAUGCAAUGCAUUGAUAGCUUUGAGAUGACUCCAAAUCACACCCUCAAGAGGCUGAUCCAAGCAUGGCAGCAGAAUGGAAAAUCAAAAUCAUGUAUUCCAUCAUCUCCAGCACAAGCUGCCAAGCACGAAGAAUUAAUUUCGCUGCUCAAAACUAUCGAAUCCACGCCAUUUAAGGUAAGUCCAUUGAAGAAGCUUAAGUCUGUGGUGGAAAUCGGAGAUGAAAUAAAGCUUGAUUUUAAAAAGUCAGGAGGCGUGGAAGUACUUGUGAAAAUUGUUGUACAGAUUCUAGUUGAAUGCUGUUCCGAUUUUGUUGCCUUUCGAGCUUGUGAGGAAGCCAUCGGAGUCUUGGAUCAACUCCCAUUAUCUGACGAGGAAGAAGAUUGUCAAACCCUUCAGUUAUUAAUGAAGCCCGAGUGCAUAAAAUCCUUUACCAUCAUGCUUCAAAGGGGUAGUGCAGAAGCCAGGUUUUGCAUCGUUUCAAUAUUUCAGAAGAUGGCUAGAGCUGAUUUUCAUUGGAACCACGCCAUCAAAGAUGAAGGGAUUGAUUUCUUCAAGUCACUUUUGGAGAUUGUCUCUGACGAAAUGUGCACCAGGGCGAGCUCUUGUGCCUUGCAAGUUUUGAUAGAUAUCUUGGAUGCAUCCAAGAAAAGUAGACUACAAGCCAUUGAAGCUGGUGCACUUUGUACCUUGAUCGAUCUUUUGCCUGAUUCAAACAAGUCAAAAUGCGAGAAAAUAAUGCUGUUGAUCAAGUUGUUGUGUGAAUGUGCUGAGGGCCGGUUAGCCUUCAUUGAACAUGGACUUGGAAUUGCAGCAAUUUCAAAGAAAAUGUUGAAUGUUUCAACUGCUGCUACAAAGAUUGGGGUCAAGAUUUUGUGGUUGAUCUGUAUCUCUCAUCCAACAGAGAAUGUUUUGGAAGAAAUGUUGAUGUUUGGAUCGGUGAAGAAGCUUGUGGCCUUGCUGCAUAUUGGUGGUUCAUCAACUACAAAGGCUAGAGUCAUAAAAAUAUUCAAGUAUCAUGGCAAUACUUGGAAACGCUAUCCUUGUUUUCCUAGUGAUAUUAAAGACUAUUUGGGCUUGGGAUAUGACAUCUGAUAAAAAAAAAAAAAAAA